ACUGAGGCCAGGCAAACCCACGUACAGCUCCCUGGCCAUCAGUCCAGUCAGUGGCACUCUCCCCUGUGACACAGAGACCCCCAUCCCAGUCACGUACACCUUCUCUGGGGAGACCUUCAACAGCCACUCCCUGGACAUCAUGUUUAUGGUUUUCGCUAAAGGAGAGAUUGUCCAGCAUGGUGUCAUGCAGGUUCCAGUGACCAGUGGGCAGCUGGUCAUCAAAGGACAAGAGUCCUUCAAGUUAUCUGUGCAGCCAGAGAUGGCGCCCUCUGUGCAUGUGAUGGUGUACUGCAUCUUACCCAGUAAAACAAUUCUGGCUAAAAGCAGACAGUUCUCCACUGAGAGGUGUUUCAGAAACAAGGUGUCAGUGCAGUUCUCGCCCCCUACAGCCGUCCCAGGGGAGAGGGGCUCUCUGCAGCUGUCUGCCCAGCCGGGCUCUCUCUGUGGCCUCAGCACCGUGGACCAGAGCGUCUUCAUCCUGGCACCCGGGAAACAGCUUGAUGCUCAAAAGGUGUUUGCAUUAUUACCGACAUUGGACUCAAAAAUUGAUGAUGCUGUUGAGGACUUAAAGUGUGCAAGGGUCAGGGCAAGUGUCAUGUAUCCGCAUGAUGGCCCUCCUGCUGUUCUUAAGAGAUUGGGACUGAAGGCCAUAACCAAUAUGGAUCUGAAGGGCCCUCGGUGCGAAUUACUCUUUCAUGACGCACCAGGACGAAAGAUAUCCAGGGGGCGCCCUGCUGGAGCUGCCAGUGAAGAUGCAAGCGUGACGGUCCGCACAGUCUUCCCUGAAACAUGGCUCUGGACCCUGGAGGAGGUGGGAGAGUCUGGGAACACACAGGUCCCUGUCACUGUCCCCGACACCAUCACCAGCUGGGAGACGGAGGCCUUCUGCCUGCACCCCCAGGGCUUUGGUCUCGCCCCCCCAGUCCAGCUCACCGUUUUCCAGCCCUUCUUCCUGGAGCUGUCCCUGCCAUACUCCAUCAUCCGUGGAGAGACCUUCCAGCUCAAAGCCACCGUCUUCAACUACCUCCCCAAGUGCAUCAUGGUUACGGUGACUCCAAACCCCUCAUCAGACUUCAGUCUGAGCCCCUCUGCUGAUGGCCAGUACUCCUCCUGUCUGUGUGCCAACGGCAGGAAGACCUUCAGCUGGACACUGGUGCCCUCCACGCUCGGAUUGAUGAACAUUACUGUGGCUGCAGAGGCUACCUCCUCCCAGAUCCUGUGUGGCAAUGAGUUGGUGACAGUGCCUGAGAGGGGCCGCAUUGACAUAGUCACACGCCCUCUGCUGGUCAAGGCUGAAGGAACAGAGAAAACGGAGAGUUUCAACUGGCUCCUAUGUCCAAAGGGGGGCGCUCUAUCAGAGGAAGUGGAGCUGAAACUACCAGCAGAUGUCAUCAAGGGAUCGGCACGCGCUUCCAUCUCUGUGCUGGGAGACAUCUUGGGUCGCGCCCUAAAGAACAUGGAGGGUCUCCUGAAGAUGCCGUAUGGCUGUGGAGAGCAGAACAUGGCCAUCCUGUCCCCAAACAUCUACAUCCUGCAGUACCUGCACAACACUGGCCGGCUCACCACAGACAUCAGAGAGAAGGCCACCAACUUCCUCAAGAGUGGAUACCAGCGACAGCUGAACUACAGACACCGUGAUGGGGGCUACAGCACGUUUGGCAAAGGAGACGGGAACACAUGGCUAACUGCGUUUGUGAUGAGAUCUUUUGGAAAAGCCAAGUCCUUCACCUACAUUGACCCAGAGGUUCUAAAAUCUGCUGAGACUUGGCUCAGGAAUAGACUCAGGCCGUCCGGAGUUUUCCAUAUGCAAGGGGAUCUCUUCAACAACCGGAUGAAGGGAGGAGUAAAUAGUGACAUCACCAUUACUGCUUACAUCACAGCAUCAAUGCUGGAACUGGACAUACCUGUACCCGAGACCACCAUGAGUUUCCUGAAGUCGUCCGUUAGUGAUCUGUCCAACAUGUACUCCACUGCCCUGCUGGCCUACACCUUCAGUCUGGCAGGAGAAGAAGAGAUCAGAGCUCAGCUGCUCAAACACCUGGACACUGUAGCGACCUCUAGUGGCGGCACUGUGCUACAUUGGUCUCCAUCCUCCUCAGAGCUGCCUGAUUCCCUGGCGGUGGAGACCAGCUCUUAUGUGCUGUUAGCCGUCCUCACCAAACCCACGCUGACCACUGCAGACCUGGGUGACGCCAGCAGGAUCGUCAGCUGGCUGGUGAAGCAGCAGAAUCCAUACGGAGGCUUUACUUCCACACAGGACACAGUGGUGGCACUGCAGGCUCUGGCCUUGUAUGCCACUGCGGUCUUCAGCCCACAAGACUCCAGCACUGUCACAGUGCAGGCACCAGGUGGCGCCAAACAGCAGUUUGAGGUGAACCAGCUCAAUGCCCUGCUGUACCAGGAGGGGGCGUUGCUGGAGCUUCCUGGGAAGUACAGCAUAGAGGCCAAGGGCUCCGCUUGCACCUCUAUUGGGGUGGCUCUUUUCUACAACAUCCCAACUCCCAGUGACAAGACCACCUUGGCUGUCACAGCUCAGGCCAAGCCGCGGACUGAGGGAGAGUGCAACAAGGCCACAGCACAGAUCCUCAAUGUGGAGAUCACCGUCCUUUACCAUGGCGCCCAGGAGAGCACCAACAUGGCCAUUGUUGAUGUCACCAUGCUCUCUGGCUUCACUCCUGACCCCGCCUCGCUCGAACUGCUCAAGGGCAUCAAAUGGGUGGACAGAGUGGAGAAGAAAGACGACCACGUUCUGAUCUACCUGUCCCAGGUCCAGAAGGGUUCACCUGCCGUCUACAAACUGGCCGUCCAACAGGAUGUCCCAGUGAGCAACCUGCAGCCAGCCCUGGUCAAGGUGUACGACUACUACCAGCCCAGUGACCAAUCCGAGGCUGAGUACUCAUACCCCUGCGCAUAAGAUGGUGUCCUGACCAUGUGUGUUUCUGUGUUUGUCAAUUUGCAAUUAACAGUUUCUUUAUUUCAACACUGAGUCUGUUUAUACGCAGUUCAGUAUCCCGAAUAGAAGGCACAUCCCAGUUAUGAUCAUAUUUGG